AUGGCGUCCGACGACAGCGCACGCAGGCCGGUUGUUCGCCCCGAGCAGCAUCAAGACUUGUACCACGAGCACCAUACCUCGACACACCUCCCCAAGUCGCCGACGACGCCCUACAGCAAGAUGCUAGCACGCCUCGAGAUCGCUUCAACGCACAUUCCGAGUUUCUAUAUCACCCCUUUCUGUGGCGCAAUGGCCGGCGUGGCUUCGGGCAUCGUGACAUGUCCUCUCGACGUCAUCAAAACCAAGUUACAGGCACAAGGUGGUUUUUUACGCAGACGCAGCGCCCAUCGAACAGAGACCGCCGAAAUAUACAGAGGAAUGAUUGGGACUGGAAAGACGAUAUGGAAAAACCAAGGGAUUCGAGGGUUAUAUCAAGGGCUGGGACCUAUGUUACUUGGGUAUCUACCAACGUGGGCCGUCUACCUUACUGUGUAUGACAAGUCAAGGUCAUUUUGGGAAACAAAGACAGAUAAUUGGUGGCUAUCAAGGACAUAUGCAUCCGUUACCGCCGGUGCAUGCUCAACCGUAGUAACGAACCCUAUUUGGGUAAUCAAGACGAGAUUGAUGUCGCAAAGUGGUAGGGUCUCUGGAGAUGGAUUCAUUCCGUGGCAUUACCGAAACUCAUGGGACGCCGCACGGAAGAUGUACAUGACCGAAGGUAUUCGAGCAUUUUAUUCAGGCCUCACGCCGGCCCUAUUGGGUUUAUCGCAUGUGGCCAUCCAAUUCCCACUGUAUGAAUAUUUCAAAAUGGCGUUUACAGGCUACGGCAUUGGCGAGCACCCGGAUGAAGGUGACUCACACUGGGUCGGGAUUUCUUUAGCAACUUUUCUCAGCAAAGUUUGCGCCAGUACCGCUACAUAUCCGCACGAAGUGCUGCGCACACGACUACAAACCCAGCAACGACAUCCGCCGGCAUCAUCUCCCGAAGAGAUCGCAUUCCGUGGGGGACUCGAUCACCCAGUCAAUCGUGGACGACCACCUGGUGCGGCAUCAUCGGACGGUAUGCCAAACAGACCCCGUUAUGCCGGUGCAUGGCGUACAUGUCAAACCAUCCUACGCGAGGAAGGAUGGCGCGCAUUCUACUCGGGAAUCGGCGUAAACCUGAUCCGCGCCGUCCCUGCAGCGAUGACUACUAUGCUUACAUACGAAUAUCUCCGAAAAACGAUCAAUACACUCCAGCAUGAGGGACAGAAAAGGCUGGACGAUGUAGAUGUGUCAGGUGAUACCCUUGUUUAGCUUUCUGACCCAGGUCGGGGUUGUUACCAGUUAGAAAAAAAAAAAUGGGAUGGCCUUAAAUUCCUCUGCUCUUUUUCUUUUCUCCGUUUUAUCAUGCUCGACAUCCUCCGACUAUAUCUGGUCACGAUCAACUCAGGCGUUCUUUAUUUUCCUGCCACUCGUGUUACUUUAGAACGGUCUUUUCUGCCUCGGUCUCGUUUACGGGCUCGUUCUUUCAAUUUUUGUCAUUGUAGAUUAUGAUGGUUUCGUCAUUCCAGCAUUAUGUCGAGGCAUGAUGAUUAGUACAUAUAUCUAUACAUACAUACAUGAUAUACACAUACAUGAU